UCAAAACGUUCCAAAUGAUGAUGAAUCGUUCUUGGUACCUUGCUUGUCUUGUAUUCGGAAGUCUGGUGCUCGUGGUGCAUCAUGCCUCUUCCCAAGACUCUUCUUCUUCUGUAUCACUUAGCAGCGCUGAACCUUGGUUCACUUGUAUAUAUCAUGGACUUCCGUUUAACCACGCCGAAGUGUGGGACACGGGCCCUUGCACAACCUGUACGUGUGAUAACGGCACUACAACAUGCGAUAUUGAAUCUUGUCAACCGGUAUUCUGCGCUGAACCCCUUAAACGACCAGGAGAAUGCUGCGAUUCCUGUCCGUACGACGUGACCGUGCGUAAAGUCAAACCUACCAUACGGAGUAAAGGCAACGUGACGACAAACGGUGACGCAACACUAGUUCUUGCGGUAGAAGUCAAAUUUAGAGAUACCAGAAAGAAGACAGGAGUGAGCGGUGAAUCUCUCUGGGAGUUGUCUGCCUGGAUUGCUCCUGUAAACACUACUCACAGUAACACGAGGCUGGAUUUCAACGAGCAAGUUCUCAAUGUUGAUCAAGCAUCGCAGUGGUACAUCAAAGGAGAUCAAUUCAUCUUUCGGGACGUCGUGUAUCCCUCCAGUGCUCUGCCUUUAAACUGCGACGAGGCCAACGUCUGUGUUGAGCUUAAACGUGGAAAAAAUGCAGUAGCAACCGAUGAUCGUCCUUUCCAUGUUAGCAGUCUCCCCAAAAGGUCUACAUCGUUGAUUGGCUGCACCUCACUAUGUACUGACGUGACAGUGCGUAAUGUCAACCCUACCAUUCAAAGUCAACGUAGUGUGACAUCUGACGGUGACGCAACAAUAGUUCUUGCAGUAGAAGUCAAAUUUAGAGAUGCAAGAAGUACGACAGUGCAAGGCGAAUCUCUCUGGGAGUUGUCUGCCUGGAUUGCUCAUAAGAAAAAGAAUAAAAGUCACACCAGGAUAGGUUUCACCGAGCAAGUUCUCAAUGUUGAUCAAGCAUCGCAGUGGUACAUCAAAGGAAAUCAAUUCAUCUUUCGGGACGUCGUGUAUACAUUCGUUGAUCCGUCUUUAAACUGCGACGAUGCCAACGUCUGUGUUGAGCUUAAACGUGGAAGAAAUGCAGUGACAACCGAUGAUCGUCUUUUCAAUAUAAGCAGUGAUCCAGACAGCUCUGCACCGUUUAUUGGCUGCACUUCACUGUGUACUGGUAGGAAGUAGGCCAAGCUAUGAAGGCCCAGGGACCAGGGUAGAGGGGCGACUGGUAGGGAAGAGGGGGGCAUCAGGCUUAUCGGGUGGGCUAAAUAGUCGGACUUAACAAUACCAUUAGUGUUAACUUUUUUAUUACGGCAUGAGCGGUUCCAUAUUAUUUGGGGAGGGUGUACUGUGGUGGAGGCUUGAGGUUCUUGCACUCAUUUUCUACACUUUUUUUAGGAGGAAAUUCCAAACCCCUACAGAUUAUGAUGUUCACCAAAUGAUUUUGACAGAAUAAGGUUAGAAUUAAUUCUUAAUCAGAAGAUUUCAAAAUUUCUGUGUUCUGAAUUUCUUUAGACCAACCAUUUCUGCAAAAUAGACCAAAUUGUA